GUGAGCUCAGCUUUUAUCCAUAGGCGUGGCCUGUGGGUGGUCACGUGCCCUAGGAAAAGUUUGCGGUCCCAACGGGAUGCGAGGAAAGUUUUCUGCUUGUUGUUCCUUCGAGUUCCGGAGUGAGAUUCGCCGCGGCCGUGACCAGUCUAUGCCCCGCGACGGAGCCGAGCGACUUGUUCGGAUUCUUUACUGAGGCGACGCUCUUCGGAGUUCGGAGCCGUGAUUAGAGGAGCGAACCAACCAACCCUGGGGGGAGAGAGGGAGGCGAAGGACCCCCCACCUCUCCCUGAGAUGAGCGGGAGCCCCAGGCAGUGUGAGACGAAGCGCCCCGUGUAUAACUGUGGGAUCCACUAGUCACUGACCCCCCUGCCCUUACCUGUCUGGUGAAGUGACCCACAGUCUCCUACCGCGUCCUCUCCCACCGAGCCUCCCCCGCUGUCCUAGCUCCCACCUCCCCGCAGCCAUGGAGCCCGGCUCCCAGCAACAACCUUCCGCCCCGGCUCAGCAGCCUCCCCCUGUGGGACACCAGGUCGUGCAUGUGCGGACCGACUCGGAGACCGACUUGGAGGCUUUGUUCAACGCCGUCAUGAACCCCAAGAAUGCGAACCUGCCCCAGACUCUGCCCAUGCGCAUGAGGAAACUCCCCGACUCGUUCUUCAAGCAGCCCCAGCCCGAGGCCAAGUCGCACUCACGGCAGGCCAGCACAGACGGGGGAUCAGCUGGAGCCCUAACUCCUCAGCAUGUCCGAGCUCAUUCUUCCCCGGCCUCCUUACAAUUGGCGGCAGUGUCCCCCGGAGCUCUUUCCCCGCAGGGGGUGGUUACUGGCCUUGCACCACCUUCUGCUCCACACCUACGCCAGUCUUCCUACGAAAUUCCAGAUGAUGUUCCUCUACCACCUGGAUGGGAGAUGGCAAAGACACCCUCUGGGCAACGAUACUUUCUAAAUCAUAUCGAUCAAACAACGACAUGGCAGGAUCCAAGGAAGGCCAUGCUCUCUCAGAUAAACGUUACUGCUCCCACAAGCCCGCCCGUGCAACAGAACAUCAUGACCCCAACAGGUCCACUGCCCGACGGGUGGGAACAGGCCCUGACUCCAGAAGGGGAAGCAUACUUCAUAAAUCAUAAGAACAAAAGCACAUCUUGGCUAGACCCACGGUUAGACCCACGUUUUGCUAUGAAUCAACAGAGGUUAAGCCAGAACGCCCCUGUCAAAGCCCCGCCCGCCUUACCGCCCCCGAGCCCUCAGACUGGAGUGUUGGGCAGUGGCGGCAACCAACAAAUGCGCCUCCAGCAGCUUCAGAUGGAGAAAGAACGACUCCGGCUAAAGCACCAAGAACUGCUUCGGCAGGUGAGGCCACAGGAACUCGCUCUCCGCAGCCAGAUCCCACCAAUGGAGCAGGACGGUGGCACUCAGAAUCCAGUGUGUACAACAGGGAUUUCCCAGGAGCUGAGAACAAUGACGAUGAACAGCUCCGAUCCAUUCCUCAACAGUGGAACGUAUCACUCCAGAGAUGAAAGCACUGACAGCGGAUUGAGCAUGAGCAGUUACAGUGUACCCAGGACUCCUGAUGAUUUCCUUAACAGUGUUGAUGAAAUGGACACAGGUGAAGCUAUUACCCAAAGUACAAUUCCUACCCAACAGAACCGGUUCCCAGACUACUUGGAAACCCUUCCGGGCACAAAUGUGGACCUUGGCACUCUAGAAGGAGAAGCCAUGAACGUGGAAGGGGAAGAACUUAUGCCGAGCCUUCAAGAAGCCCUCAGCUCCGACAUCCUUAACGACAUGGAGACCGUUCUGGCAGCAACCAAACUAGACAAGGAAAGCUUCCUCACGUGGUUAUAGAAGCAUCUGCAAAACUGAUUUCUAAACCCCCUGAAGGAUUGCUCAUGUCUAGAGGUGGAAUUGAGAUUAUGGUAUAUACAGAAAACAUCAAGCAACGAGCAAAAACUUUUUUUUCAUGUUUUUAGUAUUUCUCCACCCAUUGCUGCUUCAUUACGCUUGAUUUAUUGGAAAGAGCCUUAUGAAUCAACCACACCGGACUUUUUUCGGCUAUAGCUGCCUUUUUCGGACAUAGGUUUGGCACACAUGGAUAAAGGAUGCUUGGGAAGCGCCGCGACAGAGGGGGCUCGUGUACAUAGCACGCACAUCAUUUGGAGUUCACCAGCCAGUCCCAGAGACUAAAGACCACGUCCUAAGUCCAAUAUUAACUUUUGUAUAAAAUAAUUUUCUAGAAA